CGAUCACCAUCUUGGAGGCAAGCGGGUUCCCGAGCGGGCCUCGGGGCGGGGUCGGGGGCGCGGCUAAAUGCGGAGGGAAGGUUGGCCUGUCACUCACGGCUUGCCGCUGUCCCACUGCUAGCAAGUCCUCUGAGCUGCGAAGGUCAUGCUGCCCAACACCGGGAAGCUAGCGGGAUGCACGGUUUUUAUCACAGGUGCAAGCCGAGGCAUCGGCAAAGCUAUUGCAUUGAAAGCAGCGAAGGAUGGAGCAAACAUCGUCAUUGCUGCGAAAACCACCCAAACACACCCGAAACUCCCAGGCACAAUCUACACCGCUGCUGAAGAAAUUGAAGCAGCUGGAGGAAAGGCCUUGCCGUGCGUUGUUGACGUGAGAGAUGAACAGCAAAUCAGCAAUGCAGUAGAAAAAGCUGUGGAGAAGUUUGGAGGAAUUGAUAUUUUGGUGAACAAUGCGAGUGCUAUUAGCUUGACCAACACGUUGGAUACUCCUACAAAGAGAGUGGACUUGAUGAUGAGUGUGAACACCAGGGGCACCUACCUUACAUCCAAAGCAUGUAUUCCUUUUUUAAAAAAGAGUAAAGUAGCACAUAUUCUCAACCUUAGCCCACCCCUGAACCUAAAUCCUCUGUGGUUCAAACAGCACUGUGCUUAUACCAUUGCCAAAUAUGGCAUGUCUAUGUGUGUGCUUGGCAUGGCAGAAGAAUUUAGAGGUGAAAUUGCAGUCAAUGCCUUAUGGCCUAAAACAGCCAUACACACUGCUGCUAUGGAUAUGCUUGGAGGAUCUGGUGUUGAAAGUCAAUGUAGAAAAGUUGACAUUAUCGCGGAUGCUGCAUAUUCCAUUUUCAAAAGGCCAAAAAGUUUUACUGGCAACUUUAUUAUUGAUGAAAAUAUCUUAAAGGAAGAAGGAAUAAACAAUUUUGAUGUCUAUGCAAUUACACCAGGCCAUCCCUUGAUACCAGAUUUCUUCUUAGAUGAAUACCCAGAUGCAGCUAUAAAGGAAACACAACCACGUGAUUCUGUACCAAAAGUAAAAGAAGAGAAUCUACAACGGCAGCCAGAGCCACUACUGCAGUCACAGCCACCACCACAGCCACCACCACAGCCAUCACCACAGCCAUCACCACAGCCAUCACCACAGCCAUCACCACAGCCACCACCAAAACCACAUUUUGGACCUGUGGAAGAAACAUUUAGAAUUCUUAAGGACUCUCUCAGUGAUGAUGUCGUUAAAGCCACACAAGCAGUCUAUCAGUUUGAACUCUCAGGUGAAGAUGGUGGCACAUGGUUUCUUGAUCUGAAGAGUAAGGGUGGGAAAGUUGGACAUGGAGAGCCCUCCGACCGGGCAGAUGUGGUGAUGAGUAUGACCACUGAUGACUUUGUCAAAAUGUUUUCAGGGAAACUAAAGCCAACCAUGGCAUUCAUGUCAGGUAAACUGAAGAUUAAAGGAAACAUGGCUCUAGCAAUCAAGUUGGAGAAGCUGAUGACCCAGAUGAAUUCCAGACUAUGAAGGACAAGGAGCAAAAACACUGAUUUUUCUCAGAAGUGCAAAGCUCAGCAGUUAAACAUCUGUUGUUUCCUCCACUGUCUUAUAAGGACAUAUGUGUUUGUUCUGGAAAAAGUAGAAUUUCUGUAUCUAUAAGACUUGAAAUUGUAAUUAAAACAACUAACCAAUCAAGGACAAGUUUUAUUAAGUGAUAUCCUAAUAUAUUGUGGGUUUUUCUUUUUUCAAUUUUUCCCUCUAAACCUUUAUUUCACUCAUUGCUUUCUUGCAGGAAAACUACAUAUCAUGAAUGACUGAUCAUUAUCAAGCAAUAGAAUUAGCUGUUUCCAAACUGCUCAUGUAAAAAUGAACUUUAUCUUCACAAAGACAGUUGGGUGAAUAACUGCAAUAUAUUUCUUACCCCCACUGCCCCAGCUUUUUUUUUUAAGAACUUUUGUUUUUGUCAGCAGUAUUUUAUAGACUUCAGUAUAUAAUAUUUGCAGGCAAAAUUUUGUUUAACUUGGCCGGGCGGUGGUGGCGCACACCUUUAAUUCCAGCACUCGGGAGGCAGAGGCAGGCAGAUCUCUGUGAGUUUGAGGCCAGGCUGGACUGACAGCCUCCAAAACAACACAGAGAAACCCCGUCUCAUAAAAACAAACAAACAAACAAAAAAUUUUGUUUAACUUGUCAGAAGCAUUUUGUAAUAUUGAUACUAGUCUAAAUAUCUUUAAAUUUCAGCUUUUCCCUUUUUUUUUCUAGCUGGGGUAACCCAACUGGCCUUGAACUCAGGUCAGUCCUCCUGCCUCAGCUUGCUUAGAGCUAUAAUGACAGACAUGAACCACCAUGCCUAGCUAAAUUCAGUUUUCAAGGGCUAACAUACAGAAAUGUAACUAAUUUUGUGAGUAUGCCUAAUGCUUAUAGUCUACUCACUACCUUCAGCAGCUUUUAAAAAACAGAGUCUUUAAAUCAUGUUAUCUUCAAAUAAAGAUGAAUUUAUCUCUUU